AUGAGGGCUUGCGAUUGUAUCACAGAACCUCCAUUAUUUGAUCUACCGCCACCGCCGGAUCCUUCGCUGAUUUGGCAUCUGAUAUCUGAUGAAAAGUUCGAGCCGGCGGAACAAUGCUCUUCAAACCAAUUCGUCAGCAUUUCGGACAUCGGCACCAUCUACGAUUCAGAGGACAGUCAACAGCUCGCCGCCAACGUUUUGAUUGCUGUCGCUGCUCUUUCAGUUCUUCUCCUAUUCGUCGUUUGUAUCGCAGUAAUUGGUCGCAUCCGGAGAAGACGUCGACAAAGUUCAGAUGCAUCGAAGAAAAUGUCGAGUGAUUCGAUUCUGGCUGCUGGGGAACAUUUGUGGACCUAUAACUCUAUGAAGCAACCCAUCAACUGUGGACCACCGGCAGUUUUGAUGUAUUCCAACAAUUCAAGCUCUGGAAGUCGGCUAUUCCAUCAUACUCCAACCACGAUGAGAUCAUACGUUUGUGGAAGUGGAACUCCGAUUAUGGGAUCCCAACAUAUUCCGAUUCGACAUUCUGAAUCCACGACAUUGCGAUUGAAUCCAGGAGAUGGAUGUUCUGCAUAUCAUACAGUGUCUGUUAGCAGACAGAAUGGUAUUCCACCGUCAGAAGUCUACGAGGAGAUCGCUCCGAUUGGUACAAUCGGUCAUAUGGGAUACAUGACGACCAGACCACAAAUGGGAAGUACAACUCCAAUGAACAAUAUGAGCAAUCGGAUGUCUCUUCGUAAACCUCCACCGACAUGUCGUCCACCUCAACCACCACAAAGUCCUGUUCCUAGUGAUGGAAGCUAUGAAAUCACAAGAAUCACUGGAACGUCUUCUGAUUCUCCACGAGAACGUCAAUGGAAUGAAGAUGGAAGGGAAAGUGGAUACGGCACGGCCCCGAGUCUACAAUGGAAAAGUCCUUCUGGAAGUGGACGAUUGGAAGCAGAAGCUGCUGCUCGAGCCAUGACUUAUGUUUAG